AUGGCCCUACUUCUGGCGCUAUUGCACUGUUUGGUUUUUAGGUUGUAUGUCUCUCUGACUCUUCUGAUUUUUGUUUUACAGACAAAGAAAAGGAGGAAUAACGGUCGUGCCAAGAAGGGUCGUGGCCAUGUGCAGCCCAUCCGCUGCACCAACUGUGCCCGCUGUGUGCCCAAGGAUAAGGCCAUCAAGAAGUUUGUCAUUAGGAACAUCGUGGAGGCCGCGGCAGUGAGAGACAUCUCAGAGGCCAGUGUCUUUGACUCUUACGUUUUGCCCAAACUCUACGUGAAGCUCCACUACUGUGUCAGCUGUGCCAUCCACAGUAAGGUGGUGAGGAACCGCUCUUGUGAGGCAAGGAAAGACCGCACCCCACCUCCCAGAUUCAGGCCCGCUGCCGGUGCACCAAGAGCCCCUCCUAAGCCCAUGUAAAGCAGAAUUGGAUGAUGCUGUACAUCUGAAGAAUAAAUUAAAAAAAUUCUUUA